AAUAUCUAAAUAAUAAGUUCACUCAAAAUACUCCAUUUGGAAGUUUUAUACUAGAAAAUGAGCUAUUAUCAAAUAAAAAUAUGCAAGCAAUAAAAUAUACUAUAGAUAUAGAAAGUAAAUCUAUGUAUGAUAAAUUUGUAACAAACAAAUCUGUGAAUAAUGAACUCUUGGAAAGUGAACUUGUAGAAUUUGAAGUUGCAAAAAGUGUAGAUGUUGAAGUUGCAGAAAGUAAACGUAUAGAUGUUGAAGUUGAAAGUGAAUAU